CAAAUUAUCAAUCGUAUGCUGAAGGCGCACAAUACGAAUUCACUUGAGCAUGUUGUUAAAAUACUUUCCAAUAAUAUUGCUGCUGGCACAGUCUUUGCUGGCGGCAUCAGCGCCGGCUGGCGUUGCAAAUGCUCAGCCACGUGCUCGGACCCAGAAGCAACUGGAGGAGGAGGCACACAAUGAGACAAUCAGUCUGCUGAAUGCCCUUUUCCGAGAACAGAUCGCCUACUUCAGCGGGGUGCGGGAGAAGCUGGAGCCGACCACCAAACGUGCCCAGGACAUUGAGCUGUAUGUGAGUCGACUUAACGUGGCCAUUGCCGAAAAUGAUCUGGACAGAAAAGAUGCCAUCUGGCUGAGCAUAUUCGAACAGUUCAAUAAAUCCCCGUUGCUGCUGAACAAGCAGGAGGAGACGGGUCUCAACGAUAGUGACUACCAGGCUCUGCUCACGGAUAAGAAGCUACAGGAGAUUACACAGAACUUCGUUCGUGAUGUGUCCACCUAUUUUUGGAAGAUUGCCCAGUUAAGUGGAAAAGUGCUCGAAAAUAGCAUCGAUCAGUAUAUGGCAAACCCCAAAUAGACAUUAUUUGUUUGUAAUUUAACCAAAUAUAUCGAAAGUUUUGCUACUUAACUAUCCAAAUUA